AUGUACUGGCCCUUGUGGUCCCCGGAUGACAUUCAGUACGACUUACAGCUUGGCAACCAGACUCGACAGGCCUUGGACGUUCGCGGAACACUAUGCAAGGUCCAGAUUACUGAUGAUAUGGGUGUGAUGGAUGCAAUCGACGAGUACACGAAGCCAUUGGAAGCCUUCCAGGAGAAUGCGGCACCGGUCGCAGCGUUGCCAGAAGUAGUGCCCGAUGAUGACGAUGACGCCGAGCUGGACGAUGCCGGAUUUUCCCCACUGACCGAUGGACUCGACGGAGGGUCGCCCGCACUCGGGGAUUCCGUAGAUGGUGGGUUAGACGCGGUGAGGGUAGUAGCCGCAGAUGGGCCGUCAGGGCUCGACACAGGCGAGCUCGCGGCGACGGUGCUGGAGCCGGGCACAGUCGUUACGGACAUGGACGUCACUACCUCAGUCGUGAGUACGACGCUGACGGACGACGUGGCUGAAGAAGAAGCUGUGCUCGACGACGCAGCCAACACACCGGAAGAGGCAGCAGCAGUGCUACUUGUUGCGGCGGUAGCGGAAGAGGCCGAUGAGGCCGAUGAGCCAAUGAUGGUGAAAUUCCCGCUGAUGUCGCCGGAGUCGCCGAACACUGGCAAGCGUCGAAUGAGUGAUAGGAAUGUGGAAGAAUUCGUGAUAUUGACCGAGGACGGAAUUGAAGAUGUGUUCCUGCAAGGUGCAAGUACAUAUGAGAUCUCAACGCGUCAGUCUUCGAGGGCAACGGCCGCACCAUGUCACCGUCUGCGUCUCGCCGACAUGCCAAAUGGUACCGGCGGCGGGACUAAUGAUAGGCGGGGCGACUACGUCGCGCUCCUUAUGGAGCACGAGCAGGGGUAUAGCAUGAGCAGAUGCAAUGAAGCAAGAUAA